GACCUGGCAAGAAAGAGCCAGCAGUCUGCCAUUGUUGAGGUGCCUAAUUGCCAGUAGGGGUGAUCAUCAGUUUGUGUGUAGUAUCAGCGUCGUCCUUCCCCCACCGCCUCUUUUUUUAACUUCUAGCAGAAGUGCGGAUGUGAGUUGCAUAUUGAUACGGAACAGGCCGCCACUUUUAUGUUUUUGUUAAUAAUGCGUGCAUAGCCAAUGAUCAUUUUAAGGGAGCUAUGAAUCCAGAGGAGCAGACUGUAACGUGGUUGAUAUCAUUAGGAGUGCUGAGCUCGCCUAAAAAGAACAUAGCGGACCCGGAGGAGUUUCUGAAAACAUCGCUGAAGGAUGGGGUCGUCCUCUGCAAGCUCACCGAGAGGCUCAUACCUGGAUUCACUCCCAAGUAUUGCCAGGACCCGAGAACUGAAGCCGACUGCAUUUCCAACAUCCGAGAGUUUUUAAAAGGAUGCUCGUCCUUGAAAGUAGAGGGGUUUGAACCCGAGUGGUUAUACACUGGGGAGAAUUUUGGCAAAGUCCUGGCCACCUUGCUGGCAGUCAACUUUGCCACACAAGACUGUGCUGCUGAGAGGUCAUGUCCACAGUCCAGUGCACCCACUCCUAGCCAGUCGACGUCCUCACACACUCUGUCCUCUGCCAAAUCCAAAGGCUCUCUGCGUAGACAAUCCAAAUCAGUGGAAAUGUCUGAAAACGGUGGAGGUGGGCAACUGAUGGUGAAGGCCCGUUUCAACUUCAAGCAAAACAAUGAGGAUGAGCUGUCAUUCAGCAAAGGCGAAGUGAUCCUUGUGACACGGCAGGAAGAGGGAGGCUGGUGGGAGGGCACGCUUAAUGGCAGAACAGGCUGGUUCCCCAGUAACUAUGUCCGCGAGGUCAAACCCUGUGAGAAACCAUUGUCCCCUAAAGGAACUCUGACCAAGAACUACUACAGUGUGGUGGUACAGGACAUCUUGGAACAUGAGCGGGAGUUUGUCAAAGAAUUACAAACAGUACUGAGUUGUUACCUACGACCUCUGCAAGCCAGCGAUAAGCUCAGCAGCACAGACAGCGCCACCCUUUGUGGAAACCUGGAAGAAAUCCUUACCUUCCAGCAGGGUUUGUGUGUGGCUUUAGAGGAAUGUACCAAGGUUCCAGAGUGCCAGCAGCGUGUGGCGGGUUGCUAUUCGAACCUGAUGUGUCAGAUUAAGACUCUGUACCUGGCUUACUGCUCCAGUCACCCUUCAGCAGUCUGCAUCCUCACUGACCACAGUGAGGAACUAGACAAGUUCAUGGAGAGCCAGGGAGCCAAUGCUCCAGGGAUCCUCACACUGACCACCAGCCUUAGUAAACCCUUCAUGAGGUUGGACAAGUACCCCACCCUGCUGCAGGAGCUGGAGAGACAUGUGGAGGAGGCCCAUCCAGACUAUACUGACAUUUUAAAGGCAACAGCAGCUUUUAAGAACCUAGUGAUGCAAUGCCAGGACCUGCGAAAGCGUAAGAACCUGGAGCUCCAGAUCUUGUCAGAACCAGUCCGAGGCUGGGAGGGGGACAGCAUAAAAAGUCUGGGUCAUGUGGCCUACAUGUCCCAGGUCCAUGUGAAAAAUGGGGCCAGCGAGGACAAAGAGGAGCGCUACCUAAUGCUUUUCCCAAACGUGUUAGUAAUGCUGUCCGCCAGUCCCCGGAUGAGUGGUUUUAUUUAUCAGGGAAGACUGUCACUGACAGGUACAACUGUGACCAGACAUGCAGAGGAGGCAGACAGUGUCCACUAUGCCUUUGACAUCACAGGAAGUAUGAUUGAUCGCAUUACAGUGUUCUGCAGUAGUGCCCUAGAACUACAGGAGUGGCUGGAGCACCUUCAGCCUUUUACCAAAGGUGGCAGUCCUGCGGGAACAAUCUUAAAGACCGUAGAGGGCAAGUCGCAGAGCAUGGUCGGGACCCCCACUCACUUGUCUCACCUGGGCAGCCUUAGUGCUGUUAGUCGCGGGCCCCUGGAACCGCCAAAGAUCAGUAAACCCUGGUCCCUGAGCUGUCUGCGGCCCGCCCCUCCCCUGAAACCCUCCGCUGCACUGGGGUAUAAGGAGAGGAUGUCUUAUAUCAUGAAGGACUCCAGCAAGAGCCCGAGACCUAUGAAGAAGUUCCUGCCAGGCAACAGGAAGAAAGAGAGAAAGCCUUCUGAUGACGAAGUUCAGACAAGAAAAAGCACAGCUGCUUUGGAGGAAGACGCCCAGAUAUUGCGGGUAAUUGAGGCGUACUGCACCGGAGCGAGCCUGCACCAGACGACCACAGGUAAAAGCUUGCACGAUAAGAAGAUUGUUAUUAAUUUGUUUGUAUACGCAGCUGUGCGGAAAGAGUGCGUCCCUCAGGUGCUUUUACCAGAGGAGGAGAAGAUAAUUGUGGAGGAAAUGAAGAGUAACGGGCAGACAGUCAUUGAGGAAAAGAGCCUGGUUGACGCUGUAUAUGCUUUAAAGGAUGAGGUUCACGAACUGAAAAAGGAGAAUAAGUGGAUGAAACAGUUUCUGGAAGAGGAGCAGAAGUCUCGCAAAGAGUUGGAGAGAGUGGUCAGAAAACUGGCCAAGCAGAAGAAUGAUUGUGCGUGGGAUGACAGCAGCCACUGAUCGCACCUGUACAACCAUCUUUACCCUUGUGUGGUUGUGUGUGUGUGUGUGUGUGUGGGCACAUGUGUUAGCCUGUUUGUCUAGGUAAGGGUCAGGUGUGUAUGAGUGUUUGUGUAUCGGUCUAUGUCGCGCCUCCAUAUUUCAAUCACACGUUAACAGAGUUGGACUUUCUCUCUCUCUGACGACGAUGCCUGGAGUUUCCUCUUUGCUCUGAGUGCUGGAACUUAAUGUGACGUUCCGAUAAAAUCUGAUCUGUCUUCCUGAUCCAGCCUCCGUAGACAAAUGCGCUUCACCGGGAAGCGGCACAGCUCAGCGAGACUGAUAAAAUAGGAUGUUUAAAACAUAUUUGCCUCUCGGCGUCUGGCACUGUGAACACUCCUCAGCAAAACAGAACAAUUUUGGACAAAAAAGAAAAAGAACAAAACACGUUCUCUGCUGCUUCUUACGCUUCAUUUGGAAAUAGAAAAGGAGUACGAAGCCAUCAAAUCCAAUAGGUGUUCUCUUGCAUGCACUUCUCUUACAAAGGGGAAUGAUUUUUCCUCUUUUCUUUAUUUUGACAUUGUCAUUCUUUAUUAGUCAAGGGGCCCCCCAGCGGGAAAAUUUAUUGAGCUUUCAUAAGCAUGUCUGAUUGACAUUUUUGUAACAUUUGAGACAUUCACACCAGGCUGUUUUUGUAGGUAUUAAACAGGUUUGCUGUUAAUUUCAGCUGGUUCUUAGUGCAGCCUCUGAUUCCUUAUUUAAAAACUGCAUGAAUGUACAGUGUUUCUACAGUAUGAAUUCUGCAUCAGAAAUGUGAUAAUCAAGAUAUUUAGAUAUUUAGUCCAAAGCUAUCAGGGAUACAGCCGCAAAUUAAAGAAAAUAAGGCUUAACUAUAUAUCAUUUAUUAUACAGAGUGCGAAAAAUACAAAGAUAUGUCCCCUAUUCUUACUUAAAUAAAUUCAAGUUUCAUUUUAACACAUUGAGCUUGCUUUAUUUAGAUUUUUUUAUAUUCUUUAUUUAUUGUUCAUAUAAGCAUUUAAUUGUGAUGUUAGCCUUAUUAAUAUAGUUUGCUGCCUUUACAUCUGUCUGAAAUUCUACAAAACUACGCUGAUAUUUUAGGGCAGAAGAGAAAUUUGCCAAGGAAGAGAAGGACUGAAGUUAAUAAUAGAGGUUUUUCAUGUAGCCUCUACAGUUUGAACUGCAGAGCUGCUGGAGUCAGACUGAGGGGAAUGUGCAGAGAGAUUUAUUUCUGGGUGUAACAACUAAUAAAGUGCCUGAAGCGGUCCAUAAACUUUAAUGUUAAAGAUUUGGGCUAAUUGCAUGAUUUAUACUGAGAAUGUCACAAGUUGUUUGUUGUAGUAUUUCAAAGAGAGUAGUCUGAGUUUAAUGGGUCUAUACUGGGUCGAAAAAAAA